AACCGGCGGGGAGAGAUGAGCUGCAGGGUGUGCGUCACCGGAGCCGCCGGCUACAUCGGCUCCUGGCUCGUCAGGAAGCUCCUCGACAGAGGCUGCGCCGUCCAUGCGACCAUACGGAACAUCGGUGACGAGAAGAAGACGGCGCUGCUCAAGGGGCUGCCCGGCGCGGUGGAGAGGCUGACGCUGUUCCAGGCGGACAUCUACGACGCCGUCACCUUCGAGCCAGCCAUCCAGGGCUGCGACUUCGUCUUCCUCGUCGCCACCCCGCUGAUGCACAACACCGGCAGCUCAAAGUACAAAGACACGACGGAGGCAAUCGUGGACGCGACACAUGCUAUCCUAGAACAAUGCGAACGGUCUAAAACGGUGAGGCGUGUCAUCCACACAGGCUCUGUCGUGGCCUCGGCGCCGCUCAGGGAGGAUGGCGAGGGCUACAAAGAGUUUAUGAGCGAAUCCUGCUGGACGCCGCUUGUUGUUCCCUAUGGUCACAGCAACGAAUUCUUGGACGCUUAUGUAUCCUCCAAGACCCUCUCUGACAAGGAGCUACUCAAGUACAACGACUCCUCUUCAUCCACCACGGCGAGGUCAUUCGACGUCGUCGUCCUGCUAUGCGGCCUCGUCGGAGGAGACACCAUCCUGCCCUACACCCCUGACAGCAUGAACACCAUGCUGUCGCCUCUCACCGGCGUCGAGGUUUACCACAAGAACCUAAGGUUCCUGCAGUCCCUCCUCGGCUCCGUGCCACUGGUUCAUGUCGACGACGUCUGCGAGGCGCACAUUUUCUGCAUGGAGCGCUUCACGGACAUCGCCAGCGGCCGAUACCUCUGCGCCGCGGCGUACCCCAACAUGCAGGAUAUUCUGGAGCACUACGCUGGCAAGCACCCGGAGCUCAAGCUGAUGAUCAAAGAGGUGGUGGGAGAGGGAGUGAGAGUGCAAGCUAAUACAAAGAAGCUUGUGGAGCUGGGGUUCAAGUAUAAGUACGGGGCAGAGGAGGUGCUAGAUGGCAGCCUCACUACUAGGAAAUCUAAAUAA